GCUAUUCCUAGGAACAAACACAAUCCUUCAUUAUUCUUCUUCUUCUUCCCAUUAUGCUACACUAGUCUCAUUUUGGUUAUUAUUUGUUUUCACUCUUUUCAUCCUCUCUCCAAAUUCUCCAAAAACAGGAACCAAAAUGGUGACGAAAAGGCUUAGAUGUUGUGCAAACUUCCUCGAGAACUCCAAACACCACUUUGCCAUGAUCGCUCUGCAAUUUGGCUAUGCAGGCAUGAACAUCAUCACUAAGGUUUCCCUCAACCGUGGAAUGAGCCACUAUGUUCUUGUCGUUUAUCGCCAUGCCUUUGCCACUGCUGUCAUAGCUCCAUUUGCCUUCAUCUUUGAAAGGAAAGCUCAACCAAGGAUCACUUUCAAAAUUUUCAUGCAAAUUUUCAUCCUUGCUCUACUUGGGCCUGUGAUUGAUCAAAACUUCUACUAUGCUGGGUUGAAAUUAACAUCUCCAACUUUCUCUUGUGCAAUGAGCAAUGUGCUUCCUGCUAUGACUUUUGUAAUGGCAGUUUUAUGCAGGAUGGAGAAGUUGAACAUGAAGAAGGUGAGGUGCCAAGCAAAGGUGGUGGGAACAUUGGUGACUGUGGGUGGAGCCAUGGUGAUGACCUUGUACAAAGGACCUCUGGUGGAAAUGGUUUGGAACAAACAUGCCCACAACAACCAAACAACUAAUGCAACAACAACCAAUAAUAAUGUUGCAACACCUUCAGACAAAGAUUGGCUCAUAGGUUCCAUUCUCCUCAUCAUUGCCACACUUGCUUGGGCUUCCCUCUUUGUUUUACAAGCGAAAGCUAUUGAAACCUACAAAAAUCACCAGCUAAGCCUCACAUCACUGAUAUGCUUCUUAGGCACUAUUCAAGCUAUUGCUGUUACUUUUGUUAUGGAACACGAUCCAUCGGUUUGGACUAUUGGCUGGGAUAUGAACUUGCUUGCUGCUGCAUAUGCUGGGAUUGUUUCAUCAAGCCUAUCAUACUAUGUUCAAGGGUUGGUGAUUAAGACGAAAGGGCCUGUUUUUGCAACUGCAUUUAGUCCUCUCAUGAUGAUCAUUGUAGCAAUCAUGGGUUCCUUUAUCCUUGCAGAACAAAUUUUUCUUGGAGGUGUUGUUGGUGCGAUCUUGAUCGUAAUAGGGUUAUACUCGGUUCUUUGGGGAAAGCACAAAGAAGAAGUGGAGAAUAAUAAUAAUAAUAAAGUGGUGGAGAAUAUUCCCUUGCCUUUGAAGGGUGCAAUGGUUGAAGCAAAUAAUAAUCCAGAUUCUUCCAACAACAUUUCUUCACUUAUCAUUAAUGUCACCACUGAACCUCCAUUCAAAUCUAACAGUUAAUUAACCAGAAAAAAAAGUGAAGACAUAAGAGCUAGUUGAAAUGUGAAUAGAGAAGGCUUUUUGUUUUUCUUCUUGUAUUUUCAUUUCUUUUAUCUCAUGUUUUCUCUUUUGUUGAUGUCUACUAUCUAUCAGAAAAUCUGAUUAAUAAAAAAAAAAUCUGAUAAUCGUGCUUUCA